UGGUUUUCUCGCCUAGCGCAGGUCCAGAUACUUUUUGAAUUUCAUUUCGCAGCGCAGUAAUCAAAGCUGCUCGUGGGUUUUUUCGUGCUGUUGCGCCGUUGUCACCAAACGUUUGCAGGGGAGGACAAUAUACACUCAUUUUUUUUUUGCCUGGCUGAUAAUUGUUGCUGUGCACACCACUAAUUUUUUGCCCUUUACCGUUAACGCCCCCCGCAAAAAAAAACAACUGUGAUUGCAAAAUAAUUGCAAUUAAAAAGAAGAAGAGGAGGGAAGACCAACAAGUGCGCUCACACACACAGUGAAACCAUUGCGAAUGCUUGUUUCGCACCAAUUGAAAGUGAAUUGCAAGUGAAAAUAGACUCGAAGUGGAACAAUUUCAGCAAAUUGUUGCACACGAAAAUAACGAAACAGCUGUGCGCCUUUUUUUGUUAUUUGUUUUUGUUCUCGCCGUCGCCGCUGCGUGGGAGAGCAAAAGGAGGGAGUGAGAGAGAUAGCGGUGACCGCUGCAUCUGCAUCUGCUGAGCGAGAGAGAGAGAGAGAGAGAGAAGAGCCACAUCAUGACCGACCUCAACGAAUUGAUGGGAUCCCCUUUCGUGCGUGUGAAGCUGGUGGCCUUUGUGCACUUCUUCUUCAUCUCGAAUGCCAUGCUGGGCACCUGGGGCCAUGGGGCGUAUGAGUUCUACAACUUCCUGUUCCUGAUCGCCAUGUUCUGGACGAUGCACAGCAAGGACUCCAUCGAGGCGGUCCAAACGGCGCUCGUCAUCAACGCUUCUAGCAUUUUCUUUGACAUAGUCAGCAUUGCUCUCCAUUAUGGUAUCAUGAAUGGCUGGGCCGUGGCGUUCAGCAUCAUCAAUCUGAUCCUGCGACCCGUGAGCGUGGCCCUGCUCUACAGGGAGUUCAACACGAGGGGCGGCACCCUGCAGACGGGAUCGGUCUUCCCAACCAGCCAGCAGCGCAGCUACCAGGACAUCGACCGGCCCACCCAGCCCACACCGACCAACUCGCAGCCCGGCCCCAAUGUGGCCAGCAUCUUCUAGGCUCUCCAGUCGCCCUUCCAAGUACCUAGACCCAUCACAUCGCUAGCACUAGAGAUAGGCGGAUCGCAAGGGAUCCCAUGAUGGAACAGCAAAGACAACCCAUAUAUAGAAAGACUCCACUAGUCAGUGUCGCUGCCUGCUGAAGACGAAAAAUUCCCCGUGAACGCGAAUCAAAAUUUUAUAUAUAUACAAAAAUCUGUGUGUUGUUUCUUUGUCGAACAUUGUUUUGUUAGUGCAAUAUUGUGAGAGAGACAACGAUUAAGGUUAAGCAUUGUAGUUAAAGAUGGAAUCGGAAUUUCAAAAAGAAAACUGUGUGCGUGUUUUCCUUGUCCCUUAUAUACAUACUUUUUUUUUACGUUGGUAACGAAUAAAGACGGCUAAUCAAAUAAAUUAUACAUAUAUAUAUAUAUAUAUUUAUAUUCGUAUUUGUAUUUGUAUAACAAAGAUUGCAAUUUUACAUAAUACUUAUCCUAGAUAACGUUAACGCUAAUUGUAAACUGUAAACCCAACAGAAUAUUCGAAAAAUAAAAAGCGGGCGUCAUCAUUUGUAAAACAAUAAA